ACAAGAAUUACAAUGCUUCCCAGAGACUAUCCCCUGUGUAUUUCAGGGACCUGGGGCCCUCCAGAUCUUUGGGACUUUGUGAUUAUUCAUUUUAACGAACUCUUCCAUUUCGACUUCGGAAAGAUCCAAGUCCCCCUACCCCUGGAGGAUCCAGUAAUCUGGUUAAACAGAUCAUUUCUUGAUGUCAGAUCAUUAUUUGUCACCAACAUGAGGUGGACGGACAUACUUUUUGCGACAAAGAAGAUCAUGCGCUGUGUGGCCUUCAUGACCAACAACAUCAUCGUGCCGGCACUGACGGCGUGCAAGACGAUUGAGGGCACCCUUACCCCGGGCAGGGGCUGGACUGAUGACAUUGUCCCAGCAUGUCUUCCUGAGACGCUGGAGCACCUGAGGUACUCUGACAUCUCCCUGCCAGACAAGCCCGAGGUGCUGCACUACCAGCGAAACAUGCGCUGCAGGAAGUUGCCACCCAUCCAGACGGGCUACCGGAGGGCGUAUGGCGUCACGGUCGAGGGUGCCCGCUCCAUGGCCUCGACACUGCUGCAUGCCCUGACUUUUGGCCGGGUGCCCGUGUGGCAGAGGGACUGCUUCUCAGGCAACUGGGACCUGUUUCGGACCGUCUCCAGGCAAAGGACGAACCCCACGACGGUGUGGCGCCUUCAGAACGCCAUCGCGGCGUACGCUGACCAGCUGUGCCGGCUCAGGAGGAAGCUCGCGCAGACAGGGGACGUCAAGGACACCGGCGAGUUGGGGGUCGAUGUCGCUACACCCGCACCCGCACCCGCACCCCUCGACUUUGAGAAGUUUGCCGUACUCUUCAUCAGCCAUUUUAACAUGGAGGCCUGCCGCAUCCUGCUGGAGAAUCUGGUCAACUCCACAAUGGCAAUGCCCGAUGACAUCUAUAGGACAAGGACAGUCUGGCAGAGGAGGCCUGUCGCGGCAGAGAUGCUGCUCUACCCUCAGACGACCGAGCCCUUCAGGGAGCAGAAGUUGCAGUUCGUGCUGGAGAGCCUCUAUAAGAGUGUCAACGACUUCACUACCCUGGCCUUAAAGCAGCUAGCCAACGAGAGAGUUCUCCGCAUUCUACCGUUCUUCGGAGUGGACAUUGAGGACACCGCCCCUGAGGUGGCCAAGGACGUGCCUGUCAGCAAUGCCGUCCCUCGGAGGCAGAGCUCCCAGUUCACAAGAACUUUCAGGAGACACAGAUUCUCAAUCCGACGCUUUUUCCGCCGAAAUUUUGGAUCUCAGGAUGCUGUGGUCCCUAGCUCAGCAGUGAUGGAGGAGCAUAACAGUGACAGCAGGAGGAGGCCAUCACUGAGGUCCAGAGUGACCUCUGCCCUGAAGAAGCUCUGCUGCUGCUGCUGCAGGGCUGAGGAGUGACCCCUAGUGGCAGGGGAGGGGAGGG